AUGAUGGUGAGGUGGAGUGUGUGUCGCAGCUGCCUGGCUCUGCCUAUGUCUCCAGCGUGUGGACUACCCUUGCCCAGUGCCCGCCACAGCUCCAGUUUGCCGGUGGCGCGCCAGGCUCUGUCCCCAGACAACAGCAGUAUGGUCCAGGCCUUCAGUGAGAUCCCAGGUCUCUGGAGAAACGGACUGGCCAAUCUCUACAGUUUCUGGAAACUAGACGGAUUCAGGAACAUCCACAGACUCAUGGUGCAAAACUUCAACACCUUCGGACCCAUAUACAGGUACGAUACGGUCACACCCAUUUACAGGUAAGAGACUGUACAACUUCAACACCGUCAGACCCAUAGACAGGUACGAUACGCUCACACCCAUUUACAGAUUAGGAGAUAGGAGGUUAAUUAUGAUAUGAUCUGCAAUUGUAUUAUUACAGGUGGUCGAUCAGUGCAUGGUCCUCUGUAUAUCAGUUAGUAGAACAUGGUCCUCUGUAGAACAUGGUUCUCUGUAGAACAGGGUCCUCUGUAGAACAUGGUCCUCUGUAGAACAUGGUCCUCUGUAGAACAUGGUCCUCUGUAGAACAUGGUCCUCUGUAGAACAUGGUCCUCUGUAGAACAGGGUCCUCUGUAGAACAGGGUCCUCUGUAGAACAUGGUCCUCUGUAGAACAUGGUCCUCUGUAGAACAUGGUCCUCUGUAGUAGGGCUGUUCUGACAUGGUCAUACUCAUAUUCGUAAUUGUAUCUGUAAGUUGACAGUUGAUAGUCGGAUCGGAUGAUGAUUUUGGCAAAAUCCCUCCCUGCAUGUUCUCACUGCAAAACAGCUGCAGAUUAGCAGCAGAGCGCUGAGGGGUGUGUGUCUGUCUCCCCUCCAUUAGCAGAGCGCAGCAGAGCGCAGCAGAGCGCUGAGGGGUGUGUGUCUGUCUCCCCUCCAGAGGGCAGCCAAGUUUGCUGUCACUGUCAGAAUGCCAUCAGCGCUUCAUAUUUUUUGCACUACUCUUUCCCCGCUUGUUAGAUAUUAUACACAUUGAUAGCUUGAUAUCAAAGCCUACAGUAAGAAAAAAUAAUGUAAUUCAGUUAAGAGGUCAGAGGAGACAAAGUUAUAAUAAAGUAUUAAGGAUUGCGUACUGAAGCAGUGAUACCAGUUCUGUAUGAUUAUUAUUAUGAAUAUUAUUAUUCACAACUAAAAGCUUCAGCUAUGGAGAGAACCAUAGGUAUGGCUACAACCCAUUUCAACAUGAUGCUACAAUGCAGUUGUUGCUGUUGCUGCAGACAAAACACUAAAUUCUGACCUUGUAUCAUGUCAUUAGCUUUGUUGAGGGGAGAAAUCUGUUCUAUCAGACAAAUACAAUAUGACACUAGCCAUAUAUAAUCAUUAAAACAAUUUAGAAUGGGAUUUCUACUUGCAAAUUAUGUUUGAUAGUAAGAAAGGUACAGUCUGCUGCCCAUUCGGUUUAUAAAUGCUACAUUGUCUUGCAGGGAGAAGAUAAGCUACUAUGAGUGUGAACAAAACAAAAAUAAGUGAGUUUUACUAACAUAACCUGUUUGAACAUAAGUAACAAUAACAUGAUUUGAUGUUUCUCUGUCAUUGUGCCUGACAGGGAGAAGAUAGGUUACUAUGAUAGUGUGAACAUUAUAAAGCCGGACGAUGCAGCCAUCCUGUUUAAGGCAGAGGGACACUACCCCAAGAGGUUAACGGUGGAGGCGUGGACGUCCUACAGAGACUACAGGAACAGGAAGUAUGGAGUCCUGCUCAAGUACGUACACUGUUCUGUUCUGUUAUAUCUGUCAAACGGUUGUUCAAGUAAGGACUUUCAAAUCAAUGUCCUUGUCGUCAUGAGCUUUCCUCUUUUGAGAUUUUUUGACUAUUCACACUACAGUAUUGUAGCCUGGGCAACAGUCUCUUUACCUAUCAGGGUUUACCCAAACUCUACUGUGUCGUCUCAGAUAUAUUUUCACAUUGCCAUUUCUAGCAACUAUGCUAGAUGGUAACCAGGCCAGCCCAGUACAGCUCGGCUUGAUGUGGCCCUAUAGUGUGGUAGAUGGUAACCAGGCCAGCCCAGUACAGCUCGGCUUGGUGUGGCCCUAUACUAUGGUAGAUGGUAACCAGGCCAGCCCAGUACAGCUCGGCUUGGUGUGGCCCUAUAGUGUGGUAGAUGGUAACCAGGCCAGCCCAGUACAGCUCGGCUUGGUGUGGCCCUAUAGUGUGGUAGAUGGUAACCAGGCCAGCCCAGUACAGCUCGGCUUGGUGUGGCCCUAUAGUGUGGUAGAUGGUAACCAGGCCAGCCCAGUACAGCUCGGCUUGGUGUGGCCCUAUACUAUGGUAGAUGGUAACCAGGCCAGCCCAGUACAGCUCGGUUUGGUGUGGCCCUAUAGUGUGGUAGAUGGUAACCAGGCCAGCCCAGUACAGCUCGGCUUGGUGUGGCCCUAUAGUGUGAUAGAUGGUAACCAGGCCAGCCUAGUACAGCUCGGCUUGGUGUGGCCCUAUACUAUGGUAGAUGGUAACCAGGCCAGCCCAGUACAGCUCGGCUUGGUGUGGCCCUAUAGUGUGGUAGAUGGUAACCAGGCCAGCCCAGUACAGCUCGGCUUGGUGUGGCCCUAUACUAUGGUAGAUGGUAACCAGGCCAGCCCAGUACAGCUCGGCUUGGUGUGGCCCUAUAGUGUGGUAGAUGGUAACCAGGCCAGCCCAGUACAGCUCGGCUUGGUGUGGCCCUAUACUAUGGUAGAUGGUAACCAGGCCAGCCCAGUACAGCUCGGCUUGGUGUGGCCCUAUAGUGUGGUAGAUGGUAACCAGGCCAGCCCAGUACAGCUCGGCUUGGUGUGGCCCUAUAGUGUGGUAGAUGGUAACCAGGCCAGCCCAGUACAGCUCGGCUUGGUGUGGCCCUAUAGUGUGGUAGAUGGUAACCAGGCCAGCCCAGUACAGCUCGGCUUGGUGUGGCCCUAUAGUGUGGUAGAUGGUAACCAGGCCAGCCCAGUACAGCUCGGCUUGGUGUGGACCUAUAGUGUGAAUCAGGCAUUAUUGACAGAUUUAGUUGUUGAAAUGUAGUUUUAGUCUUGCUAGUUCGGUGACAUUCCAACACAGAACAAUUCACAACAAGAUUUGGUCUGUUUAUCUCCCUGUAGGAAUGGGGAGGACUGGCGUUCCAACAGGGUGAUUCUGAACAGAGAGGUGAUCUCUCCCAAGGUGUUGGGGAACUUUGUUCCUCUGUUGGAUGAGGUUGGACAGGACUUUGUGGCCCGGGUACAUAAGAAGAUUGAAAGGAGUGGACAGGACAAAUGGACCACCGACCUUUCUCAAGAACUCUUCAAAUACGCUCUUGAAUGUAAGCUUUAGUUUGGACUGUUUCCCCUAAUAUUUACUUGUGGCUGUCUUGAAACCUCUGAUGACCACGUUUUGUACACUGACUCAUACCAGUCCCAGAUUGUCUCAUGUACUGUAAGGUUAACAUCUUACAUUUCUGCUAAUAUCUUACUUACUUACUUAGGCCCAUCGCUCCUUAGAGGUCAUAGGCCAUCAACGAUGACAACUGGUGUCUUAGGCUGGCGUAAUGUACUGUACUCUACUGUAUAUUAUACUAUAUUUACCUGAUGUUUUUGUAUGUAGAGUAAGUUCAGUAUUGUGCAAUGUCUCACCUGUGCUGUGCUGUAAAGCGGUGGGUUCUGUUCAGUACGGAAGGCAUCUGUGUCUAACCUGUGUUCUCUCCUCUUCAGUGAUUCGAUGCGUUAUGUGAAUGUCUGUGUCUAAUGUGUUCUCUCCUCUCCAGCGGUGGGUUCUGUUCUGUACGGGGAGCGUCUGGGCCUAAUGUUGGACUACAUCAACCCUGAGGCCCAACACUUCAUCGACUGCAUCUCUCUGAUGUUCAAGACUACCUCUCCCAUGCUGUACAUCCCCCCGGCCAUGCUGAGGAGGGUAGGAGCCAAGGUCUGGAGAGAUCACGUAGAGGCCUGGGAUGGCAUCUUCAACCAGGGUAGGACAACACUCACAGCAUAUCCCUGUGAUAUCUGCAAACAUUGAAGGGUUAGGUCCAAGGGUUAGGAACAAGGGGAAGGGUUAGGGCCAAUGGGAAGGGUUAGGAACCAGGGGAAGGGUUAGGAACCAGGGGAAGGGUUAGGGCCAAUGGGAAGGGUUAGGAACCAGGGGAAGGGUUAGGAACAAGAGGAAGGGUUAGGGCCAAUGGGAAGGGUUAGGAACAAGGGGAAGGGUUGGGGCCAAUGGGAAGGGUUAGGAACAAGGGGAAGGGUUAGGAACAAGGGGAAGGGUUAGAGCCAUGGGGGAGACUUAGGGCCAAACAUUAAAGGGUUAGGGCCAAGUGGAAGGGUUAGGGCCAAGGAGAAGGCUUAAGGUCAAGGGCCACAGGGAAGGGUUAGGGCAAAUGGGAAGGGUUAGGGCCAAAGGGAAAGGUUAGGAACAAGGGGAAGUGAUUGGGUGAUGGGGAAGGGUUACAGCCAAGAGGAAGGGUUGGGACCAAAUAUUGAAGGGUUAAGGCCAAGGGGAAGAGAUAAGGGGAAGGCUUAGGAACAAUGGGAAGGGUUAGGAACCAGGGGAAGGGUUAGGAACAAGAGGAAGGGUUAGGGCCAAUGGGAAGGGUUAGGAACAAGGGGAAGGGUUGGGGCCAAUGGGAAGGGUUAGGAACAAGGGGAAGGGUUAGGAACAAGGGGAAGGGUUAGAGCCAUGGGGGAGACUUAGGGCCAAACAUUAAAGGGUUAGGGCCAAGUGGAAGGGUUAGGGCCAAGGAGAAGGCUUAAGGUCAAGGGCCACAGGGAAGGGUUAGGGCAAAUGGGAAGGGUUAGGGCCAAAGGGAAAGGUUAGGAACAAGGGGAAGUGAUUGGGUGAUGGGGAAGGGUUACAGCCAAGAGGAAGGGUUGGGACCAAAUAUUGAAGGGUUAAGGCCAAGGGGAAGAGAUAAGGGGAAGGCUUAGGAACAAUGGGAAGGGUUAGGAACCAGGGGAAGGGUUAGGAACCAGGGGAAGGGUUAGGAACCAGGGGAAGGGUUAGGAACAAGGGGACGGGUUAGGAACAAGGGGAAGGGUUAGGGCUAAACAUUGAAGGGUUAGGGCCAAACAUUGAAGGGUUAGGGCCAAGGGGAAGAGAUAGGGCCAAGGGGAAGGGUUAGGGCCAAGUGGAAGGGUUAGGAACAUGGGGAAGGGUUAGGGCCAAGGGGAAUGCUUAAGGUCAAGGGGAAGGGCCACGGGGAAGGGUUAGGGCCAAGUGGAAGGGUUAGGGCCAAGUGGAAGGGUUAGGGCCAAGUGGAAGGGUUAGGGCCAAGUGGAAGGGUUAGGGCCAAGGGGAAUGAUUAAGGUCAAGGGGAAGGGCCACGGGGAAGGGUUAGGGCCAAGGGGAAGAGAUAGCACCAAGGGGAAGGGUUAGGGAGCAAACAUUUAAGGGUUAGGAUCAAGGGAAGAGUUAGGGCCAAGGGGAAGGGUUUGGUCCAAAUGGAAGAAAUAGGGAGAAAGCAUUGAAGGGUUAGGGCCAAGGGGAAUUGUUAGGGCCAAGGGGAAAAGAUAGGGCUAAAAGGGAGGGAUAGGGCCAAGGAUAAGUGUUAGGGUCAAACAAUGAAGUGUUAGGGCCAAGGGGAAUGGUUAGGGCCAAGGUGGAGGAUUAGGGCCAAAGGGAAGGGCCAAGGGGAAGGGCCACGGGGAAGGGUUCAAGCCAAUGUGAAGGGUUAGGGCCAAGUGGUAGGGUUAGGGCCAAGAGGAAGGCUUAAUGUCAAGGGGAAGGGCCACUGAGAAUGGUUAGGCCAAUGGGAAUGGUUAGGGCCAUGGGGAAGUGUUAGGGCCAAGGGGAAGGGUUAGGGCCUGGCGGAAGGCUUAAGGUCAAGGGGAGGGCCAUGGAGAAGGGUUAGGGCCAUAAAUUGAAGUGUUAGGGCCAAGGGGAAGUGUUAGGGCCAAGGGGAAGGGUUAAGGAGCUAACAUUGAAGGAUUAGGGCCAAGGUGAAGGGUUAGGGAGCAAACAUUGAAUGGUUAGGGCCAAGGUGAAGGGUUAGGGCCCAGGGGAAGGGUUCAUGCCAAGCGGAAAGAUUUGGGCUAAGAGGAAGGGUUAGGGCCAAGGUGAAAUCAUUGAAGGGUUAGGGCCAAUGUGAAGGGAUAGGGCCUUGGGGAAAGUUUAGGGAGCAAACAUUGUAGGGUUAGGGCCCAGGGGAAGAGCUUGGGCCAAAAAUGGAAGGGUUAGGGCCAAGGGGAAGGGUUAGGGCCAAGGGGAAGGUGAAGGGUUAGGGAGCAGACAUUGAAGGGUUCGGGCCAAGGGGAAGGGUUAAGGAGCAAACAUUGAAGGGUACGGGCCAAGGGGAAGGGUUAUCACCAAGUGGAAGCGUUAGGGCCAAGGAGGUGGUCCUCUGUAGCUCAACUGGUAGAGCACGGCGCUUGUAACGCCAAGGUAGUGGGUUCGAUCCCCGGGACCACCCAUACACAACAAAAAAAAAUGUAUGCACGCAUGACUGUAAGUCGCUUUGGAUAAAAGCGUCUGCUAAAUGGCAUAUUUAUAUAUUUUUAUUUAUAAGGAGAAGAGAUAGGGAGCAAACAUUGAAGGAUUAGGGCAAGGGGAAGGGUUCGUGCCAAGCGGAAAGAUUUGGGCUAAAGGGAAGGAUCAAGGCCAAGGGGAAAGUUUAGGGCCAAGGGGAAGUGUUAGGGCCAAGGGGUUGGGGUUGGGCCAAGGGGAAGGGUUAGGAACAUGGGGAAGGGUUAGGGCCAAGGGGAAUUGUUAGGGCCAAGGGGUUGGGCCAAGGGGAAUUGUUAGGGCCAAGGGGUUGGGCCAAGGGGAAGGGUUAGGAACAUGGGGAAGGGUUAGGGCCAAGGGGAAGUGUUAGGGCCAAGGGGUUGGGGUUGGGCCAAGGGGAAGGGUUAGGGCCAGUGGGAAGGGUUAGGGCCAGUGGGAAGGGAUAGGGCCAGUGGGAAGGGAUAGGGCCAGUGGGAAGGGAAGGGUUAGGGCCAGUGGGAAGGGUUAGGGCCAGUGGAAGGGUUAGGGCCGUGGGAAGGUGGGCCAGGGGAAGGGUUCGGGCCAGUUGGAAGGGAUAGGGCCAUGGGAAGGGAUAGGGCCGUGGGAAGGGAUAGGGCCAGUGGGAAGGGUUAGGGCCAGUGGGAAGGGAUAGGGCCAGGGGGAAGGGUUAGGGCCAGUGGGAAGGGAUAGGGCCAGUGGGAAGGGUUAGGGCCAGUGGGAAGGGAUUAGGGACAGUGGGAAGGGAUCGGCCAGUGGGGAGGGAUAGGGCCCACGUGGGAAGGGAUAGGGCCAGUGGGAAGGGUUAGGGCCAGUGGGAGAAGCGGAUAGGGCCACUGUGGGAAGGAUAGGGACAGUGGGAAGGGUAGGGCCAGUGGGAAGGGAUAGGGCCAGUGGGAAGGGAUAGGGCCAGUGGGAAGGGUUAGGGCCAGGGGGAAGGGAUGGGGCCAGUGGGAAGGGAUAGGGCCAAGGGGAAGGGCCAAGUGGAAGGGAUAGGGCUGUCAUCUAGCUAGGGAAACACCAGAGAAAGUGAAGCCAGGAAGAAGACAAAGAACGUUGUCUGUGAUCCGUAUGAUGCAUUUAAGAUCACAGUUAACACUGUGCUGGUGUUGUGUCUGUAUCAGUAGCUAUGUUGGUUCACUGUUACACUGUCCUGAUUACAUGUCCCCCCAGCGGACCGCUGCAUCCAGAACAUCUACAGGACGAUGCGUCAGGACACCACCACCCAGGGGAAGUAUCCAGGAGUCCUGGCCAGCCUCCUGAUGUUAGACAAGCUGUCUAUAGAGGAUAUCAAGGCCAGCGUCACCGAACUGAUGGCUGGAGGGGUAGACACGGUAACAAACGACUUGAUAACGACUUCCAACAGUAAUCACACCGUACAUCACUUUCUCCUGUUGUUUAGACCUGGUUCAGUGAGGCUAUAGGAGAGAUGUGGUCCUCUGUAGCUCAGCUGGUAGAGCACUGCGCUUGUAACGCCAAGGUAGUGGGUUCGAUCCCAGGGACCACCCAUACACAAAAAUGUAUGCACGCAUGACUGUAAGUCGCUUUGGAUAAAAGCGUCUGCUAAAUGGCAUAUUAUAUUAUAUUAUUAUGUCCAAGUCAACUGAUUAGUUAACUAGUUAACUACCAGAUAGGGUAGACAACCAACAGUAUUUCAACCCUCUAGAGGUCAUAUAGCAUUCUACUCUGUAAUGUAUUUCAGACAUCUAUCACCCUGCUGUGGACUCUGUAUGAGCUGGCCAGACACCCUGACCUCCAGGAGGAGUUGAGGGCUGAGGUGGCUGUGGCCAGACAGUCUACCCAGGGAGACAUGCUACAGAUGCUGAAGAUGAUACCGCUGGUCAAAGGAGCGCUGAAGGAAACUCUGAGGUCAGACAGACAGACAAGAUGA